CCUCUCCAAACAAAAGGAGCCCACGUCCUGAGGAACUGUAUUUAUACGUCCUGUAUGCAAAUGAAGGAUCCAGAGUUCCUCGUUUCUGAUAGGCUCAAGUGCCGCGCAACGUCACUACCUGAAAAGGCGCAUGCAAAUUAGGGGAAUGGAGGCCUCCUUUUCUGAUUGGCCACCAUUGCUAUCCAAUCGGGCGAGGCCGGCUUGACUACCUCCGAACCAUAUAUAAGGGCUCACAGAGGCCAGUACCUUCGUUACUUUGCCGGGGUUUUUCGGCUUUUUCUUUCCCCGACACCCGUCUUGGAAAUGUCCGGCCGAGGCAAGCAGGGCGGCAAGGCGCGCGCCAAGGCCAAGUCGCGCUCGUCGCGGGCCGGCCUUCAAUUCCCCGUGGGUCGCGUGCACCGCCUGCUCCGUAAAGGCAACUACUCGGAGCGUGUCGGGGCCGGCGCCCCCGUGUACCUGGCGGCCGUGCUCGAGUAUCUGACGGCCGAGAUCCUGGAGCUGGCGGGCAACGCGGCGCGCGACAACAAGAAGACGCGCAUCAUCCCGCGCCACCUGCAGCUGGCCAUCCGCAACGACGAGGAGCUCAACAAGCUGCUGGGCCGCGUGACCAUCGCGCAGGGCGGCGUCCUGCCCAACAUCCAGGCCGUGCUGCUGCCCAAGAAGACUGAGAGCCACCACAAGGCCAAGGGCAAGUGAGGCUGCGGAGGCGGGCUGGCAGCGGCCGUGCGCCCCGGGCGCCCCGUGACACCAAAGGCUCUUUUCAGAGCCACCCACAGUCUCGAGAAAAGAGCCGCACUGAGCACGCAUCCUUUCCUUGUUUUAGGACUGCGUUCUCGCGGGCGCACGGGGAGCCGGGCCCGAGGCACGAUCCGGGCGAGCCUACGCGCGCGGUGGGCUCCCGC